CAGAUGCGGAGCGAUGUAACAGCGAACUUUCUGCGGAGUCGAGGCUGCUCCUUGCGGAACCCGGCGGCAGGCGCGGUCUCCCCGGCCGGAGGUGAUGGGCUCCCGCUGACUCGUGGCGUGCGUCCGAGAGUGCCUGCAUGUGUGGCAAAUAUGGAGAAAAUAAAGUAAAAAAUGUGGAUAGUGCCUGAGAUGGACGGCAGCCAGUGAAACAAAGCAAACGCGUUAUGAAGGGAUUUAAUUUGCAAGCGGGAUUGAGAAGGGUACAACUUCCAUGGGAAAAUGUGACCUGUUAGAACUGCUGUCGGAAGAUGCCGGCUGUCAACGCAAGCACCUAAACCAAAGACAAAGUAUUAGAAUGGCAUAAAAUAUGGCCCAGUUCUACUACAAAAGAAGUGUCAAUGCUCCCUACAGAGAUCGUAUCCCUCUUCGCAUUGUACGGGCAGAAUCCGAACUGUCGCAUUCAGAGAAAGCCUACCUGAAUGCCGUGGAGAAAGGAGAUUACGCCAGUGUAAAGAAAGCUUUGGAGGAGGCAGAAAUUUAUUUCAAGAUCAAUAUUAACUGCAUUGAUCCCCUGGGAAGAACUGCACUCCUUAUUGCAAUUGAAAAUGAGAACCUUGAGCUCAUUGAGCUGCUCCUAAGUUUUAAUGUGUAUGUGGGAGAUGCUCUGUUGCAUGCCAUACGGAAGGAGGUGGUUGGAGCCGUGGAGCUGCUGUUAAAUCACAAGAAACCCAGUGGAGAGAAGCAGGUACCACCAGUGCUUCUGGACAAGCAGUUUUCAGAAUUUACGCCGGAUAUCACCCCUAUUAUUCUGGCUGCCCACACCAACAAUUAUGAAAUCAUAAAGCUCCUUGUGCAGAAAGGGGUGUCUGUGCCCAGGCCACACGAGGUGCGCUGUAACUGUGUCGAAUGUGUCUCAAGCUCAGAUGUGGACAGCCUCCGCCACUCUCGGUCCAGACUCAAUAUCUACAAGGCUCUGGCGAGCCCAUCCUUGAUUGCUUUGUCCAGUGAGGAUCCUUUCCUUACUGCUUUUCAACUGAGCUGGGAGCUGCAGGAACUGAGUAAAGUCGAAAAUGAGUUUAAGUCAGAGUAUGAGGAACUGUCACGGCAAUGCAAGCAAUUUGCAAAAGAUCUCCUGGAUCAGACACGGAGUUCCAGGGAAUUGGAAAUUAUUCUUAAUUACAGAGAUGAUAAUAGCUUGAUAGAAGAACAAAGUGGUAAUGAUCUUGCAAGAUUGAAACUGGCAAUUAAGUACCGUCAAAAAGAGUUUGUUGCUCAGCCCAACUGCCAGCAGCUGCUCGCAUCCCGCUGGUACGACGAGUUCCCUGGAUGGCGGAGGCGACACUGGGCAGUGAAGAUGUUGACAUGUGUUGUGAUAGGACUCCUUUUCCCAGUCUUCUCUGUGUGCUACCUGAUAGCUCCCAAAAGCCCAUUGGGGCUGUUCAUCAGAAAGCCAUUUAUCAAAUUUAUCUGCCAUACAGCAUCAUACUUGACUUUUCUGUUCCUGCUGUUGCUCGCCUCUCAGCACAUCGACAGGUCAGACCUCAGCAUGCAGGGACCCCCUCCAACCAUCGUCGAGUGGAUGAUUUUACCGUGGGUCCUGGGUUUUAUCUGGGGUGAAAUUAAACAGAUGUGGGAUGGUGGACUACAGGACUACAUUCAUGAUUGGUGGAACCUCAUGGAUUUUGUAAUGAACUCCUUGUACCUGGCAACAAUCUCCUUGAAAAUCGUUGCAUUUUCAAAGUAUAGUGGGUUAGUUCCACGGGAGAGCUGGGACAUGUGGCAUCCAACCCUGGUGGCUGAGGCCCUGUUUGCAAUCGCAAACAUCUUUAGCUCCCUGCGCUUGAUCUCGUUAUUCACUGCAAAUUCUCACCUGGGACCUCUGCAGAUAUCUCUAGGAAGAAUGUUGCUGGACAUUUUGAAGUUUCUCUUCAUAUACUGCCUUGUGCUGCUCGCUUUUGCAAAUGGAUUGAACCAGCUGUACUUCUACUAUGAGACAAAUGAACCUGGCAACUGCAAAGGAAUACGAUGUGAAAAGCAGAAUAAUGCAUUUUCAACGUUAUUUGAAACGCUGCAGUCAUUAUUCUGGUCUAUAUUUGGACUCAUCAAUCUCUAUGUGACCAAUGUGAAAGCGAGGCAUGAAUUCACUGAAUUUGUUGGGGCCACCAUGUUUGGUACCUAUAAUGUAAUAUCUCUGGUUGUUCUACUCAACAUGCUAAUAGCCAUGAUGAAUAACUCUUACCAACUCAUUGCUGAUCAUGCAGACAUUGAGUGGAAGUUUGCUCGAACAAAACUCUGGAUGAGUUACUUUGAAGAAGGAGGAACUCUGCCCACUCCUUUUAAUGUCAUACCAAGCCCAAAGUCUUUGUGGUAUCUGAUCAAAUGGUUAUGGAGACACCUUUGCAAGAAAAAAAUUAGAAGAAAGCCUGAAAGUUUUGGAACAAUAGGGAGACGUGCAGCUGACAAUUUGAGGAGACAUCAUCAAUACCAGGAAGUUAUGAGAAAUCUGGUUAAAAGGUAUGUUGCAGCAAUGAUAAGAGAUGCCAAAACUGAAGAAGGAUUGACAGAAGAAAAUUUUAAGGAGUUAAAACAAGAUAUUUCCAGUUUUCGCUUUGAAGUCCUGGGUUUGUUGAAAGGAAGCAAGCUGUCUAAUUUGCAGACUGGGAAGAUGAGCAAAGACACUGCCUCUCUGUCAGAAAAUGAAGAAAAUAGUGAGAGUGAAGGAAACACGAAAGGAAAGAAGAAACCCUUCAGCCUUUUUGACAUAACAACGAUGAUUCACCCACGAUCAGCCAAUAUUGCCUCUGAAGGACAUAAUGUAAGCAAUGGCUCAGCAAUGAUGGUGUCAGAGUCCACUCAGGAGAAACAAAAGCGUGUGAAUUUUGUAACAGACAUAAAAAAUUUUGGAUUAUUUCACAGACGAUCAAAAACAAACUCUGUGGGGCAGAGUACAAAUAAAAUAUACACCGUUUCUGAAGAAGUUUCCCGUCAACAGGCAGAAGAACAAUGUGAGAAAACUGAUGAACUGGAAGAGGGAGAAUUGAUCAUGAACUGUGAAUUAAACUUCCGAAAUCCUGGCAAAAAAUGCAUGUUAGAUGAAUCACAAAAUACCAGUGAGUCUUUGGAUUCACAGGAAGGGGGCAGUAUUUGUCCUUCAGAAACAGAGAAAAUGGAGUUACAGAACUCAGAACCUGCCACUCCACAAGAUCAGCUGGACAAGGCAUUGGACAUUAGCAUUGACUCUGAUGGGAAACAGGAAACAAUUGUUCAGGGUGACUAUGUGAUAACAAGCAAGAGGAGUGUGACUGUCCUGAUACCAUUGUUAGAAAUGCAUUUGCAAGUUUUGAAGACUGUAGAAAUGAUUCUUAUGGAAAAGAAAUAUCUGCGGCUUACUCAAAAUUGAUGAUGGAUUAUUCCCCAAGAAUCCUUUAUCACCACAGCUACUGCUUCUUCAACCAUCUAUUUUUCCUCAUGUGGACAACCUAUGCACUUUAAUAUUCAGCUGCUUAUUUGCUUCUGCCUUUACAAUACACUUGGAUUUGCUAAGGGAAAGAUACUUCAGGAAUAAAAAAAGCAUAUAGUGAUUCCCAUGAGUACUUGAAUAAAUAUGGCAAUUUGUUGAGAAGUUUUAGAAGGUACGCCUUAAGGGAGUUCUUUGACAAUUUUGCAGUUUGGGGGAACCUGAUUGGGUGUUUUAUAAUAGAUACCUAAAUAUAUAAAGAAAACCUAAUAGUAUUUUUCAUAACUUAUGAGUGACUUUCUGUCUUAGUUAAAACCAGUAUUUUUAAAAUUAAACAUUGUGGGGUUUUUUAAUCGUUGGCUGGUGUCCUACAUUAUUAAGAAUUACAUUUCACAACUGCCAUAAGAAUAACUACCCCCAGCUUUCAACACCAUUCUUUCCCCCACUGAAUAAACCACAAAAAUGUUGUUAUUUCAUUCUUAACUUCUCCAGCCUUGUCAUGGUAGAUUUUAUAGUUCAUAUUAGGAUGUAUUAAGGAACUUCCAGAUGCAUAGAGUGAAUUUACAUUUCUGAUAGAAUCUAUCCCAUGUAAACCUGUAGGGCCUGAUCUAAAGCCAUGUCAUUCUGGAUCUAAAUUGUCCUGGUACUGAACUGUGUCUUGGAAAUGCAGGCAAAGCCCUCUCAUCUCUAUACUUUAAGGUGAGUUUUCGAGCUCUACUUUACAUAUGUGCUACUCUCUCUGAUGUCACAUGUGGAAAGCUUCCUUCCUCCACACCUGUUUGUGUCAUGGCAGAUACAGUUAAACCAAAAUGGAAAAUAUGAGUCAUAAUUGGAAAAUAGUUUGUAUAGUUUUGCAACAAUGUGUUCAAAUCAUAUUUGUUUGGUUAGUUUCCAUCUUGGCUUCUUGACUGCUCUGUAGACCCUCUCUCCUCCACAUCUCUCUCCUUGUCCACCUUUAGAUUGUAAGCUCCUUGGGGCAGAGCCUUCAGCUUUUCUGUCUGGAAAGCACC